AAGUCGGUGAACGUGCCGACGAACCCUCGCAUUAGAGAUCAGGACAUCAAUGCCAAGCUCCAGCUCUACGGCAUCUUCACCGGUGCGUUUCGUGCAGUUGCAGCCUCUACCGCGGAACAUUUGCAGCUAACACAGAUACUGUAGCCUUCGCCAAUGGCAAGUUUCCAUCCGUAAGUGGUAAUAAACGCGAAAGUCGUGUGCACGAGAUAUCUGACCUUGGCGCAGAACAAGCAAAUCGAUGUGGCCAUGAACAGCGCGCUCGAAUGGGAGCAACUGCGAAACCCAUCUAAGAGGCUCUCCACAGAGGGUCAAGGACUCGUCCGCGACCUACGUAACGUCAUCGAACAAGCCAAGAUACUGUUCUUGACCAAGAACCAAGGCAACCUCAUCCAGGACUUCAUCUGGCAAACGCAGCAAAUCGGCUCCGGAAAUGCCGCCAUGCCCAAUGCUCCGCUCGACAAGGAUACGGCCAAGCAGCAUGGCAACCAGGCGCUCGACGGUCUUCGCACGCUCGGCACGCUCCUUAUCACUAAUGGCCAGUUCAGGAAGCUGUUGAGCGAUGCCACUACCCUUCUUCGCGACAUGGCCGGCGACGCGGCCUCCAAGGUGGCUGACAAGGUCAACCCUAGCGAAGAGGCACUCCAGAACAUGGACAAGCCAGCCGAAGAUAACGUCUGGCACGACACGCCCGACCUCUCGCGUGACAACCUCAAGCAGCAGGUUCAGUCACGGGCUCCUAUUGGCAAGAAGGAUCUGCAAGAUGUUGCCGGCGAUGCCACCCAAGCGGCGCACCCGAGUGGCUCGCGCGACCCCCGUGACGCCGCCGAGACGGCAGCCCGUGAUCAGCAGAAGGGCACAUCAUCCGGCAUGGAUGCUGCACAGGGCGCCAAGCAGGGCGCUCAGAACCUCAAGAACAAGUUGUCCGAGAAUGUUGACGACGAGGACAAGGACAAAGCCAAGCAGAAGACCACGGAGGUGCGGGAGAAGACCGCCAACUACUUGAAGGAGAAGAUGCCGCAAGAGCGGCGUGAGCAGAUCAUCUACCGCCUGAAGAAGAUGGUCGUUGAGAUCCAAGGCCACGAAGAUUACAACUCUGCUAUUGACACACUACUUCGAUUGGCGGAGGAGUACACCGGCCACUCCAAGAACUUGGCCACUCAGACGAAGGAUUCUGUCAAAGGUGCUCACGACCAGAGUACGCUUCAGAAGGCUGAGGCUGAUCUUAAGACGCUCCUCGAGCGCUUUGCGAACAGCACGUCAUUUGACGACCUCAUGGAUGCGAUCAACCAGAUCUACACCGAUGCGGACCGUGACCCGGAGCUCAAGAACUGGUUCACGGACAUGGAUCGCUACGUCCGCAAGUGCCUCAAGGAAACAGGCUACAUCCUGCAAGACGAGUCGACCGAGCGCUGGAACCAGCUCUACGACCACGGUCACUUCCUCCUGCGUGAGCGUUACAGGAACCACACCGACCGUAUCACGGAUGAGCUCAAAUUCCUUGCUAACCAGUUCGAUGCGGAUCCUCAGAACAAGGCGUUCGCUGACGCUAUGAACAAGCUGUUCUUGGAGCUUGGCAAUGAUGAGAACGGGCAGCCGACGUUCAAGCCACAUCUGAUUAAGGAUCUGACUGAGGUUAUCCUGCCUGGGUUCUUCGAGACCGUCAACUACAUUCCGGUUCCGCGUAUCGAAUACAGCGAUCCCAUGAUCGAUGCCAUCGUUGAGAACCUUGUUCUCGAAGGUGAUAACUUGGCGCCCAACCUCAUGGAGUUCGGCAGCGACAACUACUGGCGCUGGGGCCGCAAGGGCAUCCAGAACAAGAACAAGAACAAGGUCAUGCUCUCUGUGUCGGGCAUCCAGAUGGAUCUACGUGAUGUUUCUUACUACGUCAAGAAGAAGCAAGGCUUCCCAGGCAUCACCGACAAGGGUGUCAUGGACAUCUUCAUGGGUGGUUCUGGCUUCAGCUUCAAGGUGGCCAUGGAGACCGCCGACACCACCGACAGCCACCACUUCUUCAAGAUCAACACCGUUGUCGUCGACAUCAAGAACUUGAACAUCAAGGUCAAGCAGUCAAACCACAAGCUGCUCUUCUCCCUCUUCAAGGGCACCCUGCUGAAGGUCAUGCGCCCGGUCAUCCAAAAGGUUGCCGAGAAGCAGAUUCGUGAGAACAUCCAGCAGCUCGAUGCGAUGCUCUACCGUGUCAAGAAGGAGGCCGACCGGGCUCAAGAAGAGGCCAAGCGCAACCCCGAUCCGGAGAACAUCCAGAAUAUGUACCAGCGCUACUGGACCGCCUUCCAGCAGCAGAUCCAGAAAGGCAAGAAAAAGACCGAGGAGGCGUCCGCCGACAAGAAGGUCAACGUGGCCAUCACCAAGCACGACUCGAUGUUCAAGAAUAUCUCCCUGCCAGGUGGCAUCUCAACCAAGGCUACCGAGUACAAGAACUUGGCUGAGAAGGGUGACAAGUGGGAGUCGCCAGUCUUCAGCAUCGGCUCCGCCAAGGAGAGCUCCAACUUGCCAAAGAUCUCGGAGCCGAAGCGUAGGCCGCACGACGUCACGCGGGGUGGCGUUCGCGGCCCCAACUCCGAUCUUGACAGGCAGGGCACCAACGGCAACUUCAGCAGCCAAGUCAACCAAUACGAUGGCCAAGGCGGUCAAGGUGGCUACGGCAACCAAUCCGGCUACGGCAAUCAAGCUGGCUAUGGUGGGCAGGAGUUCGGCAACCAGGCUGGCUAUGGCGGUCAGGGCUACAGCACCCAGGGCAACUUCGCAAGCCAGGUAAACAACGCCUUUGAGGGCGACCGGUCGCAGGAUCUAGGUCUCAUGCAAUCAGGGCUGAACGGCCCAGGCUCCGGCGUUGGAUCCGGUGUCGGUUCGGGUGUCACUGGCAGCGGCGCCACUCACGGCACCGACAGCGAGCACACCCUCCUCGGCCGUGACAACCCAGUGCUUCGCGGCCAGGUCUAGAAGUCCUAGGCGUGGCCCAGCAAAAGAACAGCGGGGCUGAACCUCACCGAGACCGGGUCUUCGACGCUUCGUCCUCGGUGUGGCAUCGCCUUGGUCGAUUACAUAACGAACUUUGCACCAUCACCCCGGCGUUGAAGCAUCUGGGAGAUACCCACGAGCAGCCUUGCUUCAUCUUUUGCUUGCUUGCUUGCGAAGAUUGGCAAGUUGCGAACACGGCUUUAUGGAAAGAACAUGGGUUUGCGGACUGUUAUGUGCUUCUUGCAUGAUACCACUAUUGCGUUUUACGGGCGGCAUUCGGAAGGGUCGAAAAGUUGUGAGGGCGAUAGGAAGCCUUCGGUAAUGCAGAAGGGAGAAUGAUGGAGGUGGAGGAGGCAGCAGAAAGGAAAUAGUAGCGGUAGCUUUCAUUGCGUAUGCGUGUUUCCUCACA